AUGAUCUCAUUCGAGCAGGGUCUAAUGCUUUAUUAUGAAGAUCCUAACCUGAUGUGAAUACAACUACCACGACAUGUUUUUAUCGUUGUAUAAUUAUUUUCGCCCAGCGUGAAAGAACGAUAACAAACAAAAGGAUCUUUGAAACCGAAAGGCAUCAAAAUGGCGUUCUUUCACUCGAAACAUCACGCAGUCCCCAGCAACGCCGAGGAUGCCGGCAGUUCCCUGGAAGAUCCGUAUUGCGACAGCAGGCCGAUUGUGGUGCUGGACAUGGGCGCGCACAUGAGCCGCAUCGGGUACGCCGGCAGCGCAGAUCCGCUGUUCGUGCUGCCGACGGUAGUUUCCAACCACAUCCACGCCCAGAAGUUCGCGUCGACCAGCUCCCGGUCGUACCACGACCUAAAAUAUGAAUUGCAAAUAUGUCUGGGUCUGGAAACUUGUGAUGGUGGUUGGCCAAAGAGGAGCACGCCUCAAUUGGCUGCCAAGCAUGACAGGUUUCGGAGAUGCUGCGGCUUUGUCUAUUCUGCAUGACAAACUGGGCUUCUGCAUGACAGAAAAGUGGCGCUUUUGGGUGAUCUGCAUGACAAACUUGAGAAUCAUGCUAGCAGAGCAUGACAAACCUUGCAUCUUUGCAGACCCAGACAUUUUUGCAUUUCAUAUAAAAUACGACAUCGGCCAGAACGCGUACGAAGCCCGGUUCUCUCCGUAUGACCUCCUCAAACGUUACAAUUUCAAACGUUACAAUAGAAUCUGGAAUUUGUGUUGCAUGAUGAGCAUGACAGAUUCGCACAGCGUUCCACCUUUUGCAAUACAAACUUCGCCAGAUUCUAGUGCGGGUUGGAGUUCCAGAACUUGUCAUGCGCAAUCCUGUGGGAAUAGGGUAGAUCAUGCACUUCUUGCAUGACAGAUUUCCAUAUUCUAUUGUAACGUUUGAAAUUGUAACAGCUGAGCAGGUUAUACUCCGCAGUACUUUUGCACCCACCCGGUGGGCAGCACUGGCGUGACGGACUGGGACUGUGUGGAGCAGUUCUGGCACCAGACACUGUUCAAGUACCUGCGCUGCACGCCUGAGACGACGGAGAUUCUCUUUUGCGAGCCGCCGUUCUUCGGAAAAUCCUUUAAGCAAAACGCAACGGAGGUGUUCAUGGAGGUGUUCAACUGUGCCGCAAUCACCUUCAUUCCGGCGCCCAUACUCGCGUCCCACGCGGCCCAGCUGUGCGAACUGAACAGUGCUGGGAGCAGCAGCGGCAGUAGUUGUGCCGGGGGUAGAAAUAAAAAUUUCACGGCGGUGGAGCAGAACUCACUCCCCCUUGCAGCCGCAAAUAAUAGCGUUGACCACCACGACGAAAAUUCGUCUGCUGUGGUUGGGUUUAGCGGAGCAGGGUCGUUUUCAUCUUCUUCGUCGUCUUCCCAAAAACUACUUUCUGGCGGAGGGAGAAGCACGGCCAGUCUGGUGGUCGACGUGGGGUACAAGUGCACGCGGGUUAUCCCGGUGCUGGAAAACCGGCCCCUGCACACCACCUCCGAAUAUGGCUUGCAAAUAUGUCUGGGUCAUCUGGAAGAAUACAAACUUGUGAUGCGCAUUUCAGAACACACAAAAAGCUCUCAUGCAUAGGUAGCAAAGGCUGCCCACUUUCUGCGCCCAAAAUCGGCGAUUUGUCAUGCGGAUUCGGCACUGCGGAAGCUUCUCGAAGCCUGUAUGUUAGAGCUUCCAUACCAGACCUUGCGUGUCAUGCAAAAGCAGGCAGCAUGACUCUUCCAGACCCAGGCACUUUUGCAUUUGGUACCGAAGUGCUGCCCUACGGCGGCCACCACGUCACGGAGCAGAUCUACGAAGCGCUGCUGGAGCGGAGGGAGUAUCCUGUGCAAAAGCAUCGUACUCAUAUUGGGGUUAUGCAUUACAAAUCCUUUUCUUGAGGUAGAUCAGCAUUACAAAUUUUAUUUCCCAUGCUGGGGAAAUUUGUAAUGCAUUUAUACGAGUACGACUACGAUACUUUUGCACUGCAUAGGGAGCAGCACGUGCCGCCGAAUGUCCGCCUGGACGCGGCGGAGAAAAUCAAGUUGAGCAAUUGCUACGUGGCCAAAGACCCACUGGAGGAGAUGAACAAGUACUUCGCCGAGCCGGGUUCCCUUCCCUACGGAGGAGCAAACGCCUACGAGGAGGACCAAAGUAGAGGCCCGAAAAUAACAAGUUCCUCUUCCCGGCAAGCGGCCCACCAGCACAACCAGCGCAAGAUCAAGACCGUCCGAGGGAAUGCGCAGGGCAUCACGCGGAGCGGGGGCGCGAGCAAGAGCGGCGGGUCCGCAGCCGCGCACUCGAGCAAUAACCCGGAAUGGGCGUGCGAUGUGGGGUAUGGGUCUGUGAAAUGUUACGUGACGCCAUGACAUGGAUGGCUCUUUUCCGGUUGAAGGAAUUCCAGCGCCCUUUUGUAACUGACCCUCAGUAAGCAUCUUGCUAACCAAGGGCUUGUUGAUGACCGAUGCACACAAGCUUGCAGGUGUACAGUAUUCUUUUCAUGCAUCUGUCUACAGGACGUAGGUGAUCUUCAUUGUGGCAGUGUGCUUAUCUCAGACCACUUUCAUACCUCUCCCGAGCGGUUCCUCAGCACCGAGCUCUUCUUCUCUCCGGACAUCUGCCUGAAGAACAAGCAGCAAACCCGGCGCACGCUGCCCGAAUGCAUCGUAGACGUCGUGAAGAACUGUCCAAUCGACUACCGACGACAGCUGUACGGCAACAUCGUGUAUGGACGGGAAAUGUGAAGAUCUGGGUCCGGAAGCUUGUGAUGCUAGAUGAGUGUGGCACUUUGUUUUUCAAACUGCAGCCAAGCAUGACAAGUUUUCUCACGUUGUCUCAAUACGCUUAUCACGACGCACGAAAAGCUGCGUUUUGGGAAUGUCAACAAAAGUGGCCCUUUCGCUGGCUACGCGGAAGUAUAAUGCAAGACACGCAACACAAGCUGCACUGUUCCAGACCAAGGCAAAUUUGCGAUGCAUAUCAUCCUUUGCGGCGGGACUUCGGUGAUCAAGCAUUUUCCGGACCGGCUGGCCCGCGACGUCUCUGACUUGGCGAACAGACACAGUCACGCGGCGGCGACACAGAUCAAAGCGAGUUGUGCGCACUUCAACCAGAAGGACAACCUACGAAAACACGCUAUCCUGUGUAAAAACGUCCCCACCCCAGAGUUGUCACGCAAAUCUGCACGCCGAAAAGGAAAAUGUUUCUCAUGCGCAGCUCCAUGAGAAGCAUUUUCCCAUGCUCUCUGGGACUUUGUCAUGAUCAGACCAGGAUUAGGAGCUAGAUUUGUGAUGUGGCUUCCCUAGCCACAGACCACUACACUACUGACCCAAACUUGUCAUGCGCAACAGCCAAAACUUCUGGAUCUGUGUUGCAAAAUUCCCAUCUUGACUCUGGGGUGGGGACGUUUUUCCUCAAGAUACACGCCGUGUGGUUUGGCGGGUCCAUGUUUGCCUCGAAACCGGCGACGCUAUCAAAUGUAAAAAUCUCUGGGUCUGGAAGAUUCUGAGACUUGUCAUGCAUGUGUUGCAUUGGCCAUGAUGUCUAUGAUGCAUGCCCUAGCAUCACAGAUUUUCUGAGGGCUUCGCGAUGCCUAUUCCGCAUGACAAAUGCCCUCUCCGCGUAGCAGAGAUUGCGUUCCCUUUGCUGCUCAUGCAAUACAGAUCUUUUAUUUUGGAAUCCAAACUCAGCAUCACAAGUUGCAUUCUUCCAGACCCAGACAUUUUUGCAUUUGAUAGACGCGCGGGUUUUACGAAAGCGCGAAGUUGACGCGGGACGUGUAUGCGGACCGGGGGAACGGAGUUGUUUAG